AUGAAUCUGACAGCCACGACGGACCCUGCUCAAGUUGUGAUCUGUCCUGCUGGAAUCGACGGCGUACGGAUCAGCAACAACCUCGUUUCGGAUGAAGUUGCGAUGAAAUUCAAGGCUGAGGUGGCAGUGCUGGAGAAUGCGCCGGACGAAGAGAAGGACUGGCAUCCUCGCUCGGAGGAUAAAGUGCUUGACCUGGUGCAUCCGUCGCUCUUCUGCUGUGUGUUCGGGCAAACGUUGAAGGCCUCUAGUGCGCCGGAACCAGCGUCGUCAAGCUCGCCUGUGGAGCAAAUGCAGCGCUUGAUGUUCACUGGAUCGGAGGCUGUUGAGAAGCCUCAGGCUUGUAACACGGAUUAUCAAUGUAUCCCGACGGAUUUCCAAGUCGCUGACGCAGGUGAGCCUGGAGAAGAUGGAUAUGUUCCAGUGCGAGUGUUAUCGUACAUCAAUAACUUGCAUCCAGCGCAACAUGCGGCUUUGUACGACUCCAUUGGGAAGAUUUUCGCUGAGAGGGUCGUAGGGACUGGCAUCUACUACUUCGGCUGCGAGAACAUCAAGAACUCCCGCCUGGCCUUUCGAGCCGAAGUGAAGGAGCCAUACUGUCAGUAUAACGACCACAACGGGGCUGGAGAGAUCUACGGUCUCAUCAGCACCGAACUACUCGUCCAAUUGCAAGGCACCAAGUGCAGCCGUUCAAGCUCAAAGACUCAACGAAGCCUGGCGUUCUUCCUCGUUCAUCCAAAGACCCCCAUCCCUUCGACUUCCGUUAUCCCGCCGCAGCAAGAGGAAUGGCUGGAGGCGGCCGUGGAUUUCGUAGUCGUUGAUGGAGUGAAGCAGAAUAUCCGAUCGAUGCUGCCCAGAGGGAUGACGCUAGAAGAAGCGAGACAGCAUCGACUGGAGCUCAUGAAGGAGCGCGCUGUGCCUGAGCCUGAUGAAUACGAAAAGCUCAACGACCCUCGCUAUUUCUCGUUGUGA